UCUCCUCCCUCUCACAGCAUGGAAACACUUUCUCUCUACACCACCCCUUAUCACGUCCCAUUCACAGCAUCAUGGCGUUUGAGGGUGGGGGGCGGAGCUGUGGUGUUCAUGAACUCAUCUGCGCUAGACGAGUAUCUCCUGAACUGCUAGGUGUCCUGUCCUCCAUUGCUUUCUUCAUGGCCGUGAUCGCUCUGUUUUUUCUUUACCUCAGCAGCAAGCUGUCAGUGGAGAGCCCAAGCAGUGAUCUGCCACGUUUUGAAGGUUUUAACAAGGACUUGCAAGAACUUGCGGUCAGUUAGCAGACACACACCAAAGGGACAAAGCAAUGGCAUUUUUCAAGAGCUUCCAACAGAGUCUCCCUUCCGUCAGUUCCCUUCUGGACACUGUCUCAAACACUGUCUCGACUGCUGUGGACGAUUUGUCCUCUGCAGUGAGUGACGUCACCUACACUGUCAGUGACCAGCUAACGGAGCAGGUCAAUACAAUCAUCAAUAAAGUGCAGACUGAAGAGGAUGAGAAAAAGGAGGCUGAAGGGUCUUCUGAUGAAGUCCAAAAGGAGAGGAGAAACAGCAAGCUGAAGCGGCAGGAGACAGAAUCUAAUGCUGCAGACACUGAUGGAGAAGGUCGAAAGAGCCGAAAAUCAAAAAAGAACUCUAUGUGGACUAUUGAAGUAGAUGAAGAGGAAAUAAAGAGAGAGAAAGAAAGACAAGAGGAAGCGAGAAAAGCUGAGGAGGAUGAGUGGGAGUGGUGUUACGCCCCCUCUAAAGGAUGGUAUCGUAAAAGGAGGGACCCAAACCAGCCACAAAACUCAUCUCAGAGCACAGACAACCAGAAAGAGAACAGUGACCAAGCUUCACAAAAGGAAGAGUCUGCCGCUCAGGAAGAGAGUGCCUCCUUGUCCAGUAAACACAAAAAUGAAGGUGACAACCACAACGAAAAUGCUAAUGGGAUGCACCCAAAUGAUAGUCUGGAAGAGCAGGACUCUCAUGAAAUGUCUGGUGAUCCUGUUACAUCAGCAUCAAAGUAUGAAAAGAAUGGAGAGCACAGUAGUGUUGAGGAAGAUGAUAAUUCUGAAAGAUGUAAGAAAACGACACAAUCUAAAGGCAGAAGAAAAGAUCGAAAUGAAGAAGAUGAAGACGAAGCAUCAUGUGAAGAAGGUAAAACAUCAAAACAAAAGAAGAAAGGAAAAGUUUAUAGUGAUGAAGAACAGGAGGAGGGCACUCAGGACUCAAAGUCAAAGAGCUCAAAAUCAAAGGCAAAGAAGGACAAAGAGGGUAAAGAUGGGGGUUGUCCAGAUAAAGGAUCAUCUGAGAGUGAGGACGAAACACCAAAAAGACACAAAGACUCAUCCUCUCACCAGCAGAGAAGUGGGUGGAGAAACAGGGAUGCUGAGAAUGAGGAUUGCAGCAGUGAAGCUUCAGCUGAGCAGGGUAAAAGAAAAAAAGGUUCAAGUUCCCUGAAUGAACUUCAGCCUCCACCAUACCGGGACAAAGACGAUCUCAAGUGUGGCUCAAGGGGCCGCAGUGAUUCGGCAGAGGGCAGUGGAAGUGAGGGCAGUGAAGACCCUGAGGACACAGAGAGUUACCUGAAUAAGGGCUAUGAAGAGGACGCACCCAGCGACAGCACAGCCGUUUUGGGCCCGGAGGAUAGCUUAAUCCCACCACUUCCAGAAACAUACGAACCAGAGGGAUUGGGGAAAUAUGGCACACUGGAUGUGGCCUUCGAAUAUGACCCUGGUGAACAACGGCUUGCGGUGACAGUGACCGCUGCCACAGAUAUUCCAACACUUAAGAGCACAGGGAACAUUUCCUGGCAGGUCCACCUGGUUUUACUGCCCACCAAGAAGCAGAGAGCCAAGACAGGUGUGCAGAAGGGACCCUGUCCCGUCUUCACAGAAACAUUUCGGUUCUCAUGUGUGGAGCAGGAAGCCUUGGGGGACUAUGCAGUCCGGUUCCGUCUGUACAGUGUGCGGCGCAUGAAAAAAGAGAAAGUCCUAGGGGAGAAGGUGUUCUACUUAACCAAACUCAAUAUGCAGGGCAAGCUCGCUCUGCCUGUUACACUGGAGCCUGGCACCACAGUUCCUGGCUGCGGAUCAGUGGUGAGUGUCUCUCGGAGUGCGGGAGCUUUGUCGUAUCGCUCCACUGGUGAAUCCUCCACUCCGGAGCUUCUGCUGGGUCUUCUCUACAACGCCACCACAGGCAGACUGUCCGCCGAGGUUAUUAAAGGCAGCCAUUUUAAAAACUCUGCCACCGAUAAACUUCCCAUUGGCCUGUUUUGUUGUGUAAAACACUUCAUUAGUGGGCAACUGUAUGUCAUGAGAGACACUUAUGUGAAGCUAACAAUGCUGGACUCUAAAGGGAAAGAGAUGUCCAAAUGCAAGACCUCAGUCUGCCGUGGCCAGCCGAACCCAACCUACAAAGAGACAUUUGUCUUCCAGGUGGCACUAUUCCAGCUAUCUGAGGUCACCCUGCAGGUGUCGGUGUACAGUCGGCGGAGCAGCAUGAAGAGGAGAGAGCGGGUGGGUUGGGUUGCUCUGGGCCUCAACAGCACCACAGAGGAACAAGAGGAGCACUGGACCCAAAUGAAAGAGUCAGAGGGACAGCAGGUCUGCCAGUGGCACACGCUCCUUGAUCCAUAGGGGGAGCAGUGAAACAAUGUAAUUUGGUUUUUGGCCAUCUGUUCAGUACAGGUGUGUCCAGUCCUGCUCCUGGAGGGCCACUGUCCAGCAAAGUUUACCUUCAACCCCAAUGAAACACACCUGAACCAGCUAAUCAUGGUCUUACUAGGCAUUUUAGAAACUUCCAGGCAGGUGUGUUGAGGCAAGUUGGAGCUAAACCUUGGACACCCCUGACUUUAGUAGGAGUUAGUAUGAGUAAAAAUUAAAGGGUUCAUACUUAAUUAAACAUUAAAUCCUAAUUUAUUUCUUCAUGUCGCUCCAAACCCCAGUUUCUUCCAUGGAACACAAAGGGAGAAAUUUUAAAGAAUGUUCAUUCUCUUUCAAUUUAAGCACUUUGGAACUUUUCAAACUUUAAAAAGGACACUAUGUGUAUAAAAGUAAUAUGACACCUGGAAUGAUCAGAUCAUUGAGUCAGCGAGUUCAUGAAAUAAUCAUUCAGUUGAUGUCAAGAUUAUCAAUGAAUAAUAACUUAAAUUGCAAUCUGUUCAUCACAUAAAGCCAUCUUUGGGCUUCAGAAGACUGUUAAUUUGGGAAAAAAAAUAAUUUGAAGUACUAUUUUUGGAGUUGGACAGGCCUUAUUUAGGCAAUUUGGAAUUUGGGUUUGGAAUGGCAUGGACGUGAGUAAAUUAUGACAGAAUGUUUGAUUUUUGAGUGAACUAUUUCGAAAGAAGUAGGUGUAAAGUCGCAGUUUCAUUAGCAAAACAUCAGCAAAAUUGCGCGGGCAAAGUAGUUCUAUUGUUCAUCGUCAAUGCAUGAAGCACUGCUUAGUAGUCACUUCUAAAACAAGCAGCUUUAUAUUGGUAAACGUGGCAAAUCUGCAUCCAAUGCAAAAAUAUGAAUCCAAUGUGGGGAAUUCGAUUCAUGUGCUCUUCAAGCUAAAUUCCCAAUCGCGUUGAUUACUACAUUUCGCCCGUGGAAUUUCUUCUAAAGGUAAAUGCGACCACACCUUAAUUUGAACUGUACAGGACUCCUCCAUGUUGGAGGUGCUGUUUACCUCUUAGUGACUGAGACUGUUUUCCUCAGGAUAGCAGUAAUGGAGCUGCUGUUUUUUGCAGUGUUGAGAAAAGUGACGGACUGAAAAAAGACGCCUUAUGAAUAACUAUACAGAACUGACCAACUGCCAUUGGCACUGCCAUCUGUACCAAUUGUUUAUUCACAUCAGAGCAUAACUACAACUGUACUGUUGACAGUUGCAUAAGCAUUCAAACAACUUGAGGUUUUGCCUUUUUACUUGACUUGCAAAUAUGCAAAUACAAAAUAUGCACUGCAUGGUAACAGCUAAAGCAUCAAGAGAAACAUUCAUAAUAAAUAUAGGACCAAAGUGCAAGAUCACAUACAUAAUUCUGUUUUAUGAAGGGAUAUAAGGACUUUAUCACACCAGCAAUGUUGCAAAAUAUUUAACAUGAAAAUGUACAAGUAGGGCUGCUUAAGACUGUCUAAAUGUAACUAAAUUAACUGAUGUCUAAAUGUUACUAAUGCAUAUUUGAGUAAUUUAACUCAUUUUUAUCAUCUGUUUUCAUAUUGUGGAAGCAAAUGCUGCAUUAUGUAGAGUUGUGGCCGAAAGUUUUGAGAAUGACACAAAUAUUAAUUUUCACAAAGUCUGGUGCUUCAGUGUUUUUAGAUCUUUUUGUCAGAUGUUACUAUGGUAUACUGAAGUAUAAUUCCAAUUAUUGACAAUUACAUUAAAGGGUUAGUUCACCCAAAAAUGAAAAUUCUGUCAUUAAUUACUUAAUGACAGUGUCAUUCCACACCCAUAAGACCUUCAUUCAUCUUCAGAACACAAAUUAAGAUAUUUUUGAUAAAAUCCGAUUGCUCAGUGAGGCCUGCAUCACCAGAAAGACAAUUAACACUUACAUUGCCCAGAAAGCUACUACUAAGACGUAUUUAAAACAGUUCAUGUGACUACAGUGGUUUAACCUUAAUGUUAUGAAGCGACAAGAAUACUAUUUGUGCACCAAAAAAACAAAAUAAUGACUUUAUUCAACAAUAUCUAGUGAUGGGCGAUCUCAAAACACAGCUUCAUGAAGCUUCAAAGCUUUACGAAUCUUUUGUUUCGAAUCCGAGGUUCGGAGCGUGAAAGUCACGUGAUUUCAGUAAACGAGGCUUCGUUAUGUCAUAAGUGUUUCGAAAUUUCAAUGGUUUGCGUGACUUUGGCAGUUUGACUCACGCUCCAAACCACUGAUUUGAAACAAAAGAUUCGUAAAGCUUCGAAAGCUUCAUGCAGCAGUGUUUUGAGAUCGCCCAUCACUAGAUAUUUUUGAAUAAAGUCGUUAUUUGUUUUUUUUUUCUUUAGUAGCUUUCUGGGCAUCUGAAAGUGUUAAUUAUCUUGCUGUCAAUGGAGGACUUACUGAGCCAUCAGAUUUUAUCAAAAAUAUCUUAAUUUGUGUUCCGAAGAUGAACAAAGGCCUUACGAGUGUGGAACGACAUGAGGGUGAGUAAUUAAUGACAGAAUUUUCAUUUUUGGGUAAACUAAUCCUUUAAGUUUAUGCAAAGAGUCAAUAUUUGCAGUGUUGACCCUUCUUUUUCAAGACCUCUGCAAUUCGACCAUUUAUGUGUGGGGUUGCUUCUCAACCAAGGGUGUGGGCUCACUCACAAUUUUGCCAAAGAACACAGCCAUGAAUAAAGAAUGGUACAAAAACAUCCUCCGAGAGCAACUUCUCGAUCCAAAAACAGUUUUUGUGGUGACGAACAAUGCCUUUUCCAGCAUGAUGGAGCACCUUGCCAUAAGGCAAAAGUGAUAACUAAGUGGCUUAGGGAACAAAACAUCUAAAUUUUGGGUCCAUGGUCAGGAAACUCCCCAGAACUUAAUCCCAUUGAGAACUUGUGGUCAAUCCUCAAGAGGCGGACAAACAAAAACCCACAAAUUCUGACAAACUCCAAGCAUUGAUUAUGCAAGAAUGGGCUGCCAGUAGUCAGGAUGUGGCCCAGAAGUUGAUUGACAGCAUGCCAGGGUGAAUUGCAGAGGUCUUGAAAAAGAAGGUUCAACACUGCAAAUAUUGACUCUUUUCAUAUACUUAAUGUAAUUAUCAAUAAAAGAAUGCUUGGGAUUAUACUUCAGUAUACGAUAGUAACAUCUGACAAAAAGAUCUAAAAACACUGAAGCAGGAGACUUUGUGAGAAUUAAUAUUUGUGUCAUUCUCAAAACUUUUGGCCACAACUGUAUAUGUUAACGCUGAUUCGGGUUCAUUUUUAAUCUUUGAAAACUGUAAACAUUUAAUAAAAUCAAAAUGAAAAACUCA